AUGGUAGAGGACAAACCACAUUUCCCUGCAAAGGAGUCCUUCGACGACAAAAAAACACCGGUUAAUCUACGCGUGCACCAGGUUUAUAAUGGCACUACCACUCCGUCAGAAAGCGACAACCCAGACCAAGAGGCCCAACAAGACACGCUCUCUCACCAUAUCCUAAAAGGUGGCCACCAAGUCCUCGUCACUUGGACAAUAGAUGAAGAGUCUGUCAUCGUUCGCAAACUGGACUUUCUUUUCCUCCCCAUAUUCUCGCUGAUGUUUACCUGGAUGGCCAUUGAUCGGACCAAUGUCUCGAGUGUUCUCACUUCCACCUUCCUGUCCGACACAUCUAUGACCCGCGAUCAGGCGAACACAGGUGUCUCUCUACUCUGGCUGGGCAUUGUCUUGCUCGAGAUCCCCUCAAACAUCGUCCUGCACCGAGUGGGUCCGCACUACUGGAUUCCGGCCCAGGUCGUCAUCUGGGGUUUGAUCGAGGUACUACAAAUGUUCGUCACUAAUGCCGGUGGUUGGUACGCCGCACGAUUGUUCCUAGGACUUGCAGAGAGCGGGUUCAUCCCUGGUGGCCUAUACAUCUUAUCGACAUGGUAUGCACCCAACGAGCUCACAAAGCGCACUGCAAUAUUCUUCCUAGGGCCCGCGUUGGCUGGAGCUUUUGGGUCACUAGUUUCGGCGGGGGCUUUGACGUUACAUCUACAGGGGGGAUUAAGUGGAUGGCAAUGGAUAUUUAUCAUAUGUGGCGUCUCUACGAUAACCACAGGAGUCUUGGCCUUCGCCUUCGUGCCCAAGUCUCCGUACCAUACAGGUCACCUCUUUGGUGGUCUUAUCCGUGUACGGGGCUGGCUCAACGAGCACGAAGCUGACAUUCUCGUUGCACGAAAAGCCAAAAGGGAAGACGGGCAGGGAGCCGCGUCGAAUCUGAAAAUUAGCUGGAAAGAUAUAACUGAUGUCUUUUUACACUGGGCUACCUGGCCGUACCUCAUUGUGUGCCUAACCGGCCUACAAUCCACGAAUGGGCUGAGCACCUGGGGCGCAACCAUCAUCAAGUCGCUCGGCUUCAGCGCAAUUCGGGCUAACUUGCUUAAUGCCCCUGGAAGUCUGUUGGGUGCCAUCUUUGGCAUUGUGCUGUCGGCAUUUGUGGACAGGUACAGUCGAUUUGGGUACGCAAUCGCCCUUUCCGCUGUGUGGACUCUCGCGGGACUGAUUGCACUUUAUUCUCUCCCAGUCACAUCCAAGGCUUCGUGGUCCUUUUAUGCGGCGUAUCUGGUCACCCAAUCUGCCCCUAACUGGCAGCCAAUCAAUGUCACCUGGUUGUCUUUAAACUUUCAGACGCCCCAGAAACGUGCGGUCGCGUAUGCGGUAUACAGUGAGGAACCAUGA